AUGAAUUUGCCAAAUGAGAGCCAGUGGGAUGAAACUACCUGCAACUCUGUUGCUUGUCAGCAUCCGCAGUGCUGGGCAGCUCUCCGCAGGAUUGAGAGGGGCCAUCCUCGGAUCCUGGACCCGUCAGUCAAAACUCCUCAGGAUGCUGAAGAUAAACUUCCGACACUCACCAUUGUAAACAUCAGUGAUACCUGCUUGUGGGCCAAGAAGAGAGUUACUUAUCCACAGUCAUCGGAAUACACUUUCCCUAAGGAGCGUUCUUUAUUGUCCAAACUUGAGUCCAGAUGUCAAGGCAGGUCUCGGACAGGUUUAUUUGACAAAGGUGUGAUCAACGGUGCUAACAGACCUCCCAAACUUUCAGUGUUGAAUUUGAAUGAGGUAAAACUUCCUUUCUGUGAAGGUGUCGGAAACAUGGUUGUAACCUGGAUUCCAGGAGAAACAGAGAAGACUGCCAGCUCAGCUAGAAAGAAAUCUGCUCUUUCCAGCUGGCAUGGGAAGAAGAGAAGAAAGGAGUUGGUAGAGAAAGUCAAGCCAUCUUCGAAUUUCCCUGGAAAACAGUACACAGAGACAUACUUGAGAAGUCCAGGGGUGGCUGUGCCUCCCCGUGCCCCAGUCUUAAGUUCAGAUUCCAUACCUGUAUGGGCUCAGGUUGACAUGCUACCUCAAGAUCUACUGAAGGAGUGCAUUUUGGCACAUGGAGGGAAAAGCAUGCCUUGUCCAGAGGUGAAGACAGAGGUGGCGAAGAUGAGAAAGAAUCAUCCCCUGGAAAAGGACCGGCCUGACAGCGCCAUUUCUUCUAAGAUGUAUCUAACUAUCCACCGCCUCACCCUGCAGAGACCAUCGCUGCGAUAUCCUGAAUAUCUGAGGAAACUGCACUAUCACCUGAAGAGAGAUGGAUCUGCUGGUGCUGGUGCUUCAGGUUACAGGAAACAGCAGCCGCAGCCGCAUUGGCAGCAGCAGAGGAAGGUGAAAACCCCUACUAAGAAACAGGAUACAAAGAAGAAAGCCAAGAGUGAUACCGAGGUCCAGAGCACUUUGGGUCUCAAAAUUCCAUCAGGACAGGACAGUGAUAGAAAACAGAAGGGGAAGCAGGAAGAGGCGAAGAUGAAAGCCACUACAAAACAUGUUUCCACAGAGGAUAACUAUGAUGGCACCUACUCAUAUUCCUCCAUUAGUUCAGAAAGUUCUGAAAUAUAUGAGACAGAGUCCAUUUACAAGGACAUCACUGCUCCGGAGGAGGCUAUGAUAGGCAUCCUGGGUUCCAGACAAGACUCAAGGAGCCACUUUGAAACUUUGAGUGAAACAGACUGGAACCCUGAGCUCAAACUACUGAGGAUUCUUCAGGCUGAGGAGGAUGAGGAAGACCAUCCCUCUGGGACACAGAGUGAGGCGUCUCUGGAGGCUUAGGCUGAAGGCAUCUUCUGGAGCAACCUUAGCCAGAACAGGAUACUUGGCUUUCUGACCACAAUGACCUUGGAUCUAAGGCAGAUAGGAGGGAGUUCUGCUCUCUGGAUCUUUCAGGGCAUGAGCAAGUGUAGAGACCCUACUUUAUUCUCUCAGCUCUACUUACCUCUAACAUAAAUGAGGGAGGGAAAAACCCUAAUCCUUUUAAUACAGGUGACUUCUCCAGGAUAAAAUGAUUUUCAA